CGCAAAUCCAACUCUUUGGCCGAAGAUGAUUAGAAUAAUGUGGCAUUUCAGAUGUAUAGAGUUCAUUUAAAUGCGAUGACAUUGAAUUAUAGACAGGCGGUACUCGCUCCUGGCUCUGUAUUUAUGACUCCUAGACCAGGAGCAUUCUGGAUGUAUGCCGUCUGUUGUCUUUCAUUUAUACUUCACCAUUAUUCUUACGCUAGUUUGGACUUCAAAUACCAUCACACGUCUUUGCUAGAGAAGUUUCUUCACGACGUGCAUAUAAAUUUCUCAAGAAUUACUCAUCUUUACAGCAUUGGAAAGACUGCGGAAGGACGGGAACUGUUGGUUAUUGCAAUAGGACAGCACCCGAGCGAGCAUCGAGUUGGCAUUCCUGAAUUUAAAUACAUCGGAAAUAUCCAUGGAAACGAGCCUGUUGGCAGAGAGAUUCUGCUCCAUUUCGUCGAUUACCUGGUUACAAGUUAUGGACACGACCCAAACAUCACCGAGCUGAUCAACAGUAUGAGAAUCCACGUUCUUCCCUCAAUGAACCCAGAUGGGUUUGAAAUUUCGCACGCUGGCAAGUGCUCAGGCACACGUGGACGGUAUAACAGCAAUAACAUGGAUUUAAACAGAAAUUUUCCUGACAUUUUUGGAAAAAGUGCUUCACCUUUUGAGCCAGAAACAGAGGCAGUGAUACGAUGGAUACACAGUGAGCCAUUUGUGUUGUCAGCUAGUUUGCAUGGGGGAGCUAUAGUGACAGCUUACCCCUAUGAUAGUAACAAUCAAGGUAACAAUAGCUACACUCCAAGUCCAGAUGAUGAUGUAUUUAAAUACUUGGCCAAAGUAUAUUCCUUCAACCAUAACAUGAUGUAUAAAGGAAAUCUAUGUAAAAUGAAAUUCAUGGAUGGAGUGAUAAAUGGAGCUAAGUGGUACAGCAUCACAGGUGGAAUGCAAGACUACAACUAUGUGUGGGGCCAGUGCUUUGAGGUGACAAUUGAAGUGUCAUGUUGCAAGUACCCACCAGCUUCACAACUGCCACGCUUCUGGGAACAGAACAAAGUCGCACUCAUUGUCUUCGUCAAGCAAGCCCAUCUAGGAGUAAAGGGCAGAGUUUUUGAUGAGGAUGGAAAUCCUGUUUCCAAAGCAAUUGUAAAUGUAUUUGGCAGGAAGAAUCUCAUCCCUUUCCAAACUAAUAACCUGGGAGAAUAUUAUAGACUUCUGGUACCUGGGGAGUACACACUUAUGGUUGAAGCCAAUGGAUUUAACUCUAUGAACAAGACAGUGGAUAUAUUUGACACCUUAAGCAGAUAUUCAGCACUAGUUUGUGACUUUGUCCUUAGAAAACUGAAUAUGUGACAAUGGACAACCCUGAUCCCCAGCUUAGAAUAUUGAUUUAAGUUAGUGCUGACCGAUAUUAGAAGUUAUGUUUCACAAAGUCUGGAGUCAGAUCUGGGUCUCUAAAAUGAGAAAGCAGUAAAGGGGGAAUAAAAAGUA